AUGAGUCAGAACGUGGCCUCGUUGGAUGUCGGGCGGAAUGUGGACCUGAGGCAUGUGCAGUCCUCAAGCGGACCGAAAGCCACUACUGUCGACCAGCGGAAGCUGAGGGCGGCGGAAAAGAAGUUAGCGGAGAAGAAUGCGAAACGAGGACUGUACGACCCGGAUGCCAUCCCAGUCUGGAACCCAGACGUGAAGCCAGCGCUGAUUGUGAACCAGAUGAAGGCGUCGGGUGGAGCGGGCAGCUUGAGCAAGGACAUUAAAAUUGAGAACUUUGACAUUGCAUUUGCCGGAAAGAAGAUCCUACAAAGUGCGACGUUGACGCUGAAUCACGGGCGGCGCUACGGUUUGGUGGGCAAGAACGGUAUCGGAAAGUCGACAUUGCUGCGAGCUGUUGCACAUAAAGAACUGCAGCUACCGGCCCAUAUCAGGGUGCUUCACGUUGAGCAGGAAAUGGCAGGGGACGACACACCAGCAUUGGAUUCGGUGAUGAAAGCGGACGUGGAGCGGACCUCGCUCUUGGAGGAAGAGAAGACAUUGUCCGCAAAGUUAUCAAAAACAUCGACUACCACGGAAGACGCCGAGAAGUUCUCGAAACGUCUUAAGGAAGUGUAUCAAAGAAUGGAGGAGAUCGAGGCAGACAAGGCAGAAUCGAAAGCUUCCGCUAUUCUCAACGGUCUCGGAUUCACACCGGAGCAACAGAGAGCACCUACAAGGACCUUCAGUGGAGGAUGGAGGAUGCGUCUCGCGUUGGCGAGUGCACUAUUCUGUAAACCUGACUUGCUUCUUGCCGAUGAAGUAACGAAUUACCUCGAUUUCCCCGCCGUUGUAUGGCUUGAAAGAUACUUUCAAAAGUGGCCCGCGACGUUACUUGUCGUUUCCCACGACAGAUCCUUCCUCGACGCCGUUUCCACAGACAUCCUUCACCUGCACGAUGGUGCAUUGGACUACUACCGCGGAAACUUCUCCGUGUUCGUUGGGACCAAAUCCGAACGACGACGAAACCAAAUCCGUGAAUACGAAGCACAGCUUCAAUAUCGUAACCACUUGCAGGCGUUCAUCGAUCGCUGGAGAUACAACGCCAAACGUGCCGCACAAGCACAGUCAAAAAUCAAAAUCCUCGAAAAGCUUCCUCCACUUGAAGCGCCACCGAAGGAUGACAUGGAGGGCAUUGCAGGAGAAGGCCAGGACAUUUUCUUCCGUUUCCCAGACCCCGAAAAGCUCUCCCCGCCAAUCCUCCAAGUCGACGACAUUCGCUUCGGAUACACCGCUCAGCGCGAUAUCCUCAACGGCGUUUCCUUCGAUCUGCAAAUGGAUUCCAAGAUCGCCGUCGUUGGUCCUAACGGUGCCGGUAAAUCGACACUGAUCAGGCUUAUUACUGGCGAGGUGACCCCUCAGAGGGGUAUUGUGCAACGGCAUGGACGGUUGCGCAUGGCGCUGUUUAGUCAGCAUCACGUUGAUCAGCUGGAGUUGGGUGCCAGCAGUGUGCAGUUCUUGCAGGCCAAGUUCCCUGGCAUGCAGGAAGAGGAGUACAGGAGAGUGCUGGGACGGUAUGGCUUAACAGGCACGACGGCGCUGCAGCCCAUUGGAACGCUCAGUGGAGGACAGAAGAGUAGAGCGGUGUUUGCGUGGAUGGCGAUGAGCAACCCGCACGUGUUGAUUCUUGAUGAACCUACCAAUCACUUGGACAUGGACUCCAUCGAUGCGCUUGCCUCAGCCCUGCGCGAGUUCCGCGGCGGUAUCGCCAUCGUAUCCCACGACGAACGCUUCCUCGACGCCGUAUGCAAUGAAGUCUGGGUGUGUAAUGAGGGCAAGCUCACGCGGUUCGAGGGCAAGACCGGAAACCAGGACGGCGUCGUUAAGCAGUAUAAGGCUAGCUUGAUGAUUGACGAAGUUUAG